UUAAGCCAUAUAAUUGUUCGAGAAUUGAAGCAUUUGAGGAUGAUGACCCGUAGACAACGACGCUUCGACAUGUAAACAAAAAUGAAAUGUUUGAUGAUUUUGACAUUUAAAAUGCCACUUCCACCAAAACACCAACUCACAAACAUGCUUAAAGAAUGAGAACAAAAUGCCAGAAUCCGGAAUUUAUGACCGGCCUAAGACGUUCCGCAGUGGAACUACAUUGCAGCCAAAAUACUCCGUUCAGCAUCGCUCUGAUAUCCUUCUGGCUGAACAGACUGAGACUGUGAAAAAUGCCCACAACACGUUGCAGCAAAUUUUACUAGAUUUGGAGAAUGCUAAGACUGAUGAGGAGAUUGAUCAGUUACGAGCUGAGGCCCAGGCAGCGCGAGAUAAAGGAGACUCAGCCAUUCUAGUGCUACAGAUUUUGUAUAAAAUUGAUUCUGAGCUACAUCAUGCCAGAAAAGAUCUUGAGAAUGCCCUUGAACAUGAAAAUGGGGACAUUAUGGAGGCUCGUAAGCGGGUCAUGUGGUUGGAGGAUAGGAUGGGAGCUCUCUGUGGGAAAGUCAGAAUCAGAGGUCAACCUCCUAGACCAAACAGAAAUAGAGGAUCUGAGGAAAGGGGUGGAACAACAUUCAGGUCUGGUAUGUCCGAUAAUGAUGAUAUGAGUGAUGGUGAUGAAGUGUUUAUGGGAAGGCGUAUGUUACCGCCUAUACAGUCUCGACACCCAGACUCGGAGGAUGAGAGUAGAGGUCAUGGCUACUCAUCCUUCAGUGAGUCAGAGGACUAUAGACAGAUGCAGCAGCAACGUGCUGGACUCAUGGACACCCCCUCCUCAGCCUCCUCUAUGACUCAAAACAGGGAUAUCUACAAACAGGAAGGUCUGGGCGCAGAGACAGAGGAGGAAUCAGAAAGUGAGGCCCGAUCCCCAGACCAGGGUGUGGCCAGUCAGAGUGAAGGAGGAUCAGAGGCCAAUGAUCAUCUUGGUGAACUACCAACCAUGUUUCAAAAAGAUAAACGGGAGUUCACACCCCGCUCUGCAGACCAGUCAGAACCUACCUUGGCAGUAGGUGACAAGGAAGAGAAAAAGGAAGAUGUAGCAGCAGGAGAAGAUGAUACAGAAAGGGAUGAAGAGAAAACGGAGGAGACUUCAGAAACGUCCUCUGGAUCAGAGGAAACAUCAUCAGGAUCAGAGGAGAGAAGUGAUGAUGAAGAAGAAGAAGAUGAUGAAGAAGAAGAAGAUGAGGAUGAUGAAAGAGAAGAUGAGGAUAAUGAAGAGGAAGGUGAACAAGUAUUAGAAGAAAAGGAAGAGGCAAAACAGUCAGAAGAAACUGAGGAGCAGGUGGAACAGGAGAGGGAAGCAGAGGACAAGGUGACAGACUUAGAGAACAUGGAGGAGAAGAGAGGGCAGACAUUUAUCACAGAGGUAUCGGCCACCACAACCAAGUCCCGUGUCACUAUUGUGUCACCUCGCAGGGAGGACACCAGAGCAGAGCGUCAUAGGAAGAAGAUGUUGAGGAAGUACCAGCCAGCAUUCCUGCGUGAGAUUGCGGAAGAGGAGCGAGACUUAGUGAUGGAAUACUGGCUGUCUGAGCACCAUAGAUUUGAGUACGGGGAGUAUGCAGAUGUCAUGUGUCAGUUAGAUCCACUGUCAUACCACCAGAUGGGGCUAGCUGUCCCAGGAUCCUUUCUUCCUCGACCUGAUAAAAGGUAUGUGGUACUUCCAUGGAGGGAGCCAAGCACAGGAGGUACCGACAUCAUGGACAUCCAUAAAAUGGAUCUGGACAAACUAGCCACAAAACUCCACCGUAUGUAUGACAAGGUUUACAAGGCAGCCAUGUUGUCUGUACGUCCUACCAGAAAGGCGUCCGACCGACGGGAACGCAGUUUACUACAGAGCAGUAUGGCCAGUAAAGAGACCACCUCUAUCUCAGCCUCCACAGCCCUGGCUCCAAAGGCAUCAGUAGAGUCACAGGACUUAUUGCGCUCCCACACACUUGACUCCAUAGAGACCCCAGUUUUACCCAAACUGGACAAUAGACGACUAGGUACAUCAAAAUCAGGACGUCUUGUAUACUACCCAAAACCUAUUCCUCCCCCAGAGUUACUUCCCCUCACAAGAACGACGGUGGGUAAGACGUACCCUCGAAUGGCUGACAGCUUUGCCAACUCAGACCCUUCAGUUAGAAAUCCUGCUAUUCGUAUUGUCAACCAAAGGAAUCUGGCGAAGGAGACAAAACUAACUCUGUUUAGGGAGAGAACCAGAGCCAGUCAGAAGGGGCCGAACAGCACAGAAAGGAAGUUCAGGCUCAUGUUGGAACAGGACAAGAGUGUGGUCAGCAGUAGAAAGUCUACAGCGACCAAACCAACUUUUUCAAGAGCUGUAACUAAAGCCUCAGGAGAUUACGAGGAUGAAUUAGUGGACCUGAAGAGUGACGACUCUGACAAUGAAGGCAGUAUGUGGAGCAAGAUCAAGCCUAAGAACAAGAACAGGGAGUACUCGGGGCUGAAGUGGGAGAGAGUCAAGACCCUGGUACAUAGCAACCUGGUGUCUGUGCGUGCUGAGGAGAGGAUGGAUGCAGCCAAGCAUCUGGGCCUGCUGAGGUGUGGUGACACCAUGGUGUUCUAUGCUCUCAAAGAACGUAUGAAGGCAGACGAAGACCAGAGGGUCCGUUACGAAUCAGCCAAAUCCCUCAUCCUUAUAGGCUGCUGGGAGGAGGAUAUACAAAUGGUGAUAAUUAAAUACCUGGCUAUAGGGAACACCGAGAUAAGACUCGACCUGAUCCGUACCAUGAUAGACGGCAAGAACGUCCAGUAUGUCAACAAGAGUUUGAGUACUUUUCCUGAACUAGUGAAGAUGUUGAGCCAUUUUUGCCGAAAUCCAGACCCUGAUGACCAGAUUGCACUUGAUGCAGCCAUCCUCCUGGGAAAGCUUUGUGUGGCGGAUAACAAUGCCAAGGUCAAACUCAAACUGUCACUGGAAUACAACACUGACACACAUAUCAAAGCCAAGUCACUGGAGAUCCUGGUACGCCAGCUCAACUGUACAGACUCGGACAUCGUACGAAGCCUCAUCGACAUGCUACAUAAGUCGUUCGUGUGGAAACAUCGUGCCUUGGCAGCAGAGCUCCUCAUCGUUCUGGGACCGAAAUAUGUCCUCAAGAUCACAGAGGUAGAUAGACUGUAUGAGAUUUUGGAGAGAAGACUGUGGGAUGAACCCAUUAAGGAAGUUCGUGUUGCAGCUGCCAAAGCCCUAACUGCCUUAGGUCUGUUUGGAAAGGCUUGUGAGAGAAUAGAGAAGAGACUAGAGAACCCGGAGGAGGAUGUGAGAGCCCAGGCUGCCAUAGCUGUGGGUACACUAGGAAUGAAGAAUGAGAAGACAACCCGAAUGCUGCUUGAGAUGUUUGAAUUAGAUUCCAGUGACUAUGUUCGCUUAAUGAUUGUGCGGACAUUUGUGGUAUUAAAAAGUACCGACAAGAGAGUGCUGAGGGCCCUGAAGGAGAAGGAAAAGAUAGAUGGCCCACUUGCCAGAGAAGCCAAGAAAGCCGUAAAGACACUGGAGAGUUUACGAGAGCUAGGCACGCCAAUGGGUCGACGAACUAUGACACCAAACCACAAGGCAGUCACACUAGCAAUAAGCAAUGUCAUACGACCCCUGACCCAGAGUAUUUAGGAAGCCUAGCCUGCUCAGUGAAGGACUAAUGAUAUCAUCAAAGCCUGGUUGUAUAAAUGAAUCCAACAAAAUAUUUGAAAAAAAUAGAUGUAACAUUUGUGCUGCUUUUUUUGUAUCUAACUCAAGAAAUACUGUUGAAAAUGUCAGUGGAUUGACACUGUUUGUGCCUUCAUCUGAAAGUUACCAAAUAUUUAAUACAUCUGCUGUAUAUGUACAUAUCAGGUGUAUUCUAUAAACAAAACCUGUUUAAUACCAAAAGCAGCAAUAUGCAUGCAUAUUUUUAAUGGGCGAUAACUUAUAUUCUUAGGAACACCUGCAGUGCCAAAAACUGUGUGACCUCAUUAAAAUGUUAUGAAACAAAAGUUCUCACUGAAAUAUUGAAAACAUUUUAUACAAAAUAUUGUUUCAGUAAUGAAUAGAAUUUCCAGAUAAGUUCUUGUUAUUCUUUAUUGAUUUUAUACAAAGUUUUAUUUCACAAACUGUUAAAUGACAGGUUUUGUCCUAUUUUUCUGUGAUAUAUAUAUAUUUUUUAUUUCAUGCCCUUGUAGAGGUGUCAAGGUUAAAAUGGUUUGUGAUCAAUAAUAUUGUGAUAGGCAAUUUUAGCCAAAUUGUCCUUUGGUGACUUGAGUGUCCAGACUGUUGAAAGAUGUUGUAUAUUUCUAAAUAUUUUAAUAAAUGUGUGGCUCACUGAAAGUAAAAUGCACGUUC